UUGGCUUCACCUUCACUCUUUUGCUCAUCACCUUCAAUUAGAGAAGCAACACAACAAAAUUUUAGUAUAAACUGUACUGUUUUGUUGACAGUAUAAAGAGUUGAUGGGUCAGUAUUUCAAGUUCAAAGCUUUCCAUUCCUUUAGCUUCUGGUUAGAAGGCAGGCUAACUGAAGACUAACUGGUGAAACUAGACUACUCAGUGAGGAUGGACAGGAAAUUAUUUGUUAUGAUGUUUGUCAUAUGGUUUUGCUCUUCUUCUUUUUCUCUUGUUGAAAACUCUGAUGGAUUGAUGAGAAUUGAGCUAAAGAAGCGGCACUUUGACUUAGAGAGAGCAACUGCUUCGAGCAUUAAUGUUAGGCGUCAUCAUAAGGAUUUGGACUCUGCCAUUGUAUACUUGAAGAAUUUCAUGGAUAUUCAAUAUUAUGGGGAGAUUGGCAUUGGCACCCCUCCUCAGAAGUUCAAUGUUGUCUUUGAUACUGCUAGCUCUAAGCUUUGGGUUCCCUCUUCCAAAUGUUUCUUUUCGAUUGCUUGCUACUUCCACUCCACUUACUGCUCAAGGCUGUCAAAAACAUACACCAAGAUUGGCAAACCCUGCAAGAUUCCUUAUGGUUCUGGAUAUAUUUCUGGUUUAUAUGAUCAAGAUAAUAUCGAUGUUGGUGGCCUAAUUGUCAAAGAUCAGGUGUUUGUUGAAGCACAGAUGGAAAGAUCUAUUGAUCUCAUAUUUAGACAAUUUGAUGGGAUAGUUGGCUUAGGACUUGAGGAUAUGUCUUCUGGCAUAGAGGCGCCACUAUGGUACAAUAUGGCGCAGCAGGGACUUGUGAAUCAGGAAAUAUUCUCUCUAUGGCUUAAUAAGGAUCCACAGAAUGCAGAAGUUGGAGGUGAAAUUGUUUUCGGUGCUAUUGACUGGAAACACCAUCUGGGGGAUCAUACUUAUAUCUCAGUAGCUGAUACUGAUAGUGGUUACUGGCAGAUAGAGCUAGAAGGUCUUGACAUUGCAAACAGUUCAACAGGUCACUGUUCGGAGGGGUGUGCUGCAAUUGUUGAUUCAGGGACAUCCUUAAUUGCCGGUCCAACAAUGGUGGUUGCAGAGAUUAAUCAUGUGAUAGGAGCAGAUGGAAUAUUCAGCUCGGAAUGCAAAACUGUAGUUUCAAAAUACGGGGAUGGAAUAUGGGAUCUUUUGAUAUCAGGGUUAGAACCUGAAAGAAUAUGCUCAACAAUGAGAUUAUGUGUAUACAAGAGUGACGGAAUUGAAUCAGUUGUGGAAGGUGGUGCAUACGAGGAUGAGUCGACAGUUGAAAACAACACGUAUUGCAGUUUCUGUGAGAUGGCAAUAAUGUAUAUACAGGCACAAAUACAAGAAAAGAGAGCAAAAGAAAAAGUGCUCAAUUUUAUGAAUGAGCUAUGUGAGAAACUCCCAAACCCGGGGCGAAAAUCAUUUGUUGACUGCAAGGAGAUUGGAUAUAUGCCCCCGAUUUCGUUCACCAUUGGGGGUAAAUCAUUUCCUCUCAUGCCAGACCAGUACAUACAUAAAGUAAAACAAGGUGGUUCACAAGUGUGUAUCAGUGCGUUUGUUGGUGUGGAUGUGCCUUCGCCACAAGCACCUCUUUGGGUUCUUGGAAACAUCUUCUUGGGAGCUUAUCACACAGUGUUCGACGUUGGAAAUCGCAAAGUAGGAUUUGCCAAAGCUGCUUAAGUAUCAUCUUGUGAUCUCGAUCCCUAAUCUUAUGUAAUUUUAACGUGUUUUAAGAAGUUGGCUAUGUUUUAAUUGAGUGUGAUGCAAAUUUUAUUCAGAUUACAUAGCCAACGUCGUUUAAUGUUAACGUUAGGAUGUAAGGAAGUGACUUUAUGUAGUACUCCGUAUUGAUAUAUAUAGUCGAGCAACUUAUGUUUCACUUGA